AUGUAUAAGUGAGUCAGACAGUCGGGUGUGGUUAUAUUUUAUUUGGACUGUUCAUUGUGUUCUUUGAUUAUACGAAAAAGAAAAGGAAGUGCCGGUUCUUUGAAGUGAAUUCAGAAUUUUUUCGUUUUUUAUUAUCACCAUUCCAAAAAAAUUGCAUAAUAUAAUUGAUCUAAAGCCUUAACUCAAUAACAAUGAUGUUUAAUGAAUUUGAAAGUAGUGAUGAAAUCGAUCAAUCUGGUGAAAUAUUGCAUCUUCUCAACGAGAUUUGCAUGACAGACGAACAUGCAGAUGUCACAUUCGUCGUUGAAAACAUCAAAAUACCAGCGCACAAGACGAUCUUGUCUCUUCGAAGUCCAUACUUUCAUUCGUUGAUUUUUGGUGGCUUUGCCGAAGAAAAACAAGCUGAAAUCAAAUUGGAAGUUCCGUUGGGCGCAUUUAAAGUGAUUUUGAAAUAUAUUUAUACGGGACGCUUAUCGCUUGCCAAUUUGGAAUGUGAAGAAAUAAUAGCAAUUUAUGAUCUGGUCAAUCAGUAUGGAUUUGACACGUUGAAGAAUACCAUUCUAAAGUAUUUAACAAUCAAUUUGACGUUGGAGAAUUGCGUAUCUAUUCUAAAUGCGGCUCAUUUAUAUUCUCUGGAUGAUUUACAAGCCGCGUGCAUGAAGUUUAUGGAUUUCAAUUCCACCGAGCUACUUGAACAUGAUUCUUUCAAAGAAUUACCAUCAACUUCGUUGUGUAUUUUGCUGAAGCGAGAUACGUUCUACGCACCGGAGAUCGAUAUUUUUAAAGCGAUCUGCAAUUGGUCAACUUAUAACCCAGAUGAAUAUAAUAUCAAGGAAGCACUCACAACAGUGCGUUCUUCAGAACUGAGUUCCAAUGACUUACUGAAUAUCGUUCUCCAAAGUAGCAUUUUGGACCGUGUGCAACUUUCUGAUUUAAUGAAAGAAAAUUCGCAAAACAAAACGAGUCGCAUUCCAGCUUUCGAAAAAGAUGUCGAUGUUGGAGUAAAUUUCGCAACAACUGAAUACGGUGCGAAAACCAUUUCUGGUGAAAAUCCAUCGGCACUUUUAAGCGGUAAUUUUACGGAUUAUGAUUCGGAAACAGGUUGCACAUAUCACUCAUUUGACCCAAUUUUUCACUCGAAUUUCCCAAUUUUUCACUCGAAUUUGAACCCGAUGAUGAUUUCACUUGAACCCGAAGAGAUCCGACUUUUAAGUACAGAUAUAAUUGUCGACCUGGGAGAAGUCAGAUUCAUAAAUUAUCUCAAAAUGUUAUUGAUGGACAAAGAUUCCCGUUUGUAUUCAUACUACAUUGACGUAUCGCUCGAUGGAACAGAGUAUAAACGUUUGUUCGAUCACACCAAACAAUACUGCAGAUCUUGGCAAUUUUUAUAUUUUAAACCACGUCCUGUACGAUUCAUUAAAUUAAUUGGAACAAAAGCAAUUAGCAUAGGGCAAAAGCGAGAAGCUUACACUGGCGAUGGUCGUAUUUGUUAUAAUUCAUUUGACAUUGUUGGACUGGAAGCAAUACAUAAAACAACUAACCUCCCGGAGUUAUUCGAUGGUGUUAUAAAACCAACAAAAAACGUUGCAAAAAUUGAAUGUGGCGCGAAUGUUGAUAAAGGAUUUGGUGGUAACAAAAUGUUGAAUGAGAAUCCACUUGAUUUCACGUGUAAUGAAAUUGGCUCCUCCAUUGUAUUACGAUUCAAUCAACCCCACUAUAUUGGUUCAUUGCGAAUGCUGCUCGGAAAUAAUAUGGAUCAUUUGAACAAGUAUUCGUUUUACAUUGCGACAUCGAUGAGUGAAGGAGAUUGGGAAAUGGCGGUUGAUAAACGAGCUGAAUAUCUAUCAGGAUGGCAAGAGUUCGACUUUGCACCACGUUCAGCUGUUUGUAUCAAAAUAGCUGGUAACCAAAAGGACGUUAAUCUUAUCUGUACUUAUUUCGAAUGUCCGCGUAACUCACAGAAGCCGAAAUUAAGACGCUCUCCUCUGAAAAGAAAAUGCGAAGUAAAUGAGAACUAAAUACACGGAAAAACAUCCCACAACAUUCAAUAAACUAAUAAUGAUAACUUCUUGUGUAUUCAAACAAAUAAUUCAAUGAGCGAUAUAAUGAUUUGAAAUAUUACCAAUUCGGAAACGACCUUUUCUGGUACUUAUAAUAAUACCCAUUUUCUCCUGCUUUGCAAAAAUGCAUUUAAAGCCAACGUUGAACUUUUCGGUGAUGUCGAAUUGUGAAUUUCAAUGCAAUGAUAAGACCUAAAGAUUAGGCACAUCAAAGACGGAAGAAUUAAACAAAAGUAAAAUUGAAAAAUAAUUGUAUUUACGUCUCAACUAUCAACAAAUAAAGUUUGUCUUAGUCGAA